AUGUUAUCUUGGAACGAGAAUUGUACUGAUUGUUGUUCGUGGGAAGGAGUCACGUGUGAUGGUCUGACGGGUCACGUGAUUGGGCUUGACCUCAGUUGUAGCCAGCUCUAUGGCAGUAUCCAUCCUAACAGUAGCCUCUUCCAACUCUCUCACCUGCACCACCUCAAUCUCGCCUUCAAUCACUUCAAUUACUCCCACAUUCCAUCAGCAUUUGCUCACUUUCCCAAUUUGACACAUCUCAACCUAUCUUUUUCCAGUUUUUCAGGCUCAAUCCCAUCAGAAAUUCGCCACCUGUCCAAACUAGUUUCACUCGAUCUCUCCUUCUAUUUGGAUCAACUGAGACUUGAACCGCACAAUUUCAGAAUGAUGCUCAAAAACCUAACCCAAUUGCAAGAACUUGUCCUUUCUGGUGUAAACAUAUCUUCAGUUGUACCGAUGUCUUUCACGAAUAUGUCUUCUUUGACACAUCUCGAUCUUGGUUUCACCAGGUUGCAUGGGAAAUUACCAGAUAGCAUUUUUCACCUUCCAAACUUGCAAAUUCUCUUUUUAGGAGACAACCAUGAUCUCACUGGUAAUUUACCCAAAGUAAACUGGAGUAGUAGUAGUUCCCUCCAGCAGUUGUAUCUUCGGUAUUCGAGUUUUUCUGGAGAAUUACCAGAUUCAAUUGGCUAUCUCAGGUCUUUGAUGUCCUUGGAUCUCAGUGGUUGCAAAUUCUCCGGGUCCAUUCCUGAAUCACUCGGGAACCUUACACAGAUCACUGAGAUAGAGUUAUGGGGAAAUAGUUUCAACGGUCAGAUCCCAUUUACUCUCUCAAAUCUUAAUCAGCUCAUUUCCUUGGGUCUUUCUAGAAAUAAUCUCCAUGGAAAAAUUCCUAUUUUUAUCGGUAAGCUGAUAAAGCUAGAGUAUUUAGCACUUGGAGAUAACAAUUUCAAUGGUCCAUUUCCAUGUUGGGUAGCCAACCUGACAAAACUUGGUUAUUUAGAUAUAUCAAGUAGUGAACUGAUGGGUCCCAUUCCCUCCAACAUUAGUGGGCUAAACAACCUACAAGCACUUUUCUUGCGCAAUAACUCACUGAAUGGGACACUACCAUCUUGGUUGUUGAAUCUUCCGUCAUUGAUGGAAUUAUACCUGGGUAGUAAUCGACUAACUGGCCAAAUUCCUGAGUUCCAGCAUAAAUCAAAAUUGAUGCUCAUUGACUUGAGUCAUAAUGAACUACACGGCCCCAUUCCACAAUCAAUUUCAAAUCUUGUGAAUUUGACACUACUUGAUCUUUCGUCAAAUAAUUUGAGUGGUGUUGUAGAGCUACAAACAUUCUCAAAUCUAAAAAAUCUUGUUAAUCUUGAUCUUGGUUUCAAUUUGAUUCAAGGACCACUCCCAGUUCCUCCACCCUUCGUAUCUUCCUUCUUCUUCUCACAAAAUAAACUCACUGGAGAAAUUCCUUCUUCAAUUUGCAAUGUGAGUUCCCUUUCCAUCCUUUGUUUGUCUCACAACCACUUGAGUGGUGCAAUUCCACAAUGUUUGAGAAACCCCAGCAACUUUCUACUUGUAUUAGACCUGCAGUUCAAUGCCUUUCAAGGGAACAUCCCCAUGAUAUUUGGAGAGGGUAAUCAGUUGGAAAUUCUUAAUUUGAAUGGAAAUCAGUUCGAAGGACCAGUUCCACAAUCCUUAACCAAUUGUAGACAGUUACAAGUUCUAGACCUCGGAAACAACAAGAUAAAUGACACUUUUCCAUACUGGUUGAGGAUACUUCCAGAGUUACGAGUUCUUGUCUUGCGAUCCAACAAAUUUCACGGUCCAAUAGACACUUCCAAGCCAAAACUCUAUUUCCCUAAACUCCAAAUUGUUGACCUCUCCCACAAUAAGUUCACUGGUCAUUUGCCAGGGAGAUAUUUCAAAUUUUUCAAAGCUAUGAGGAAUAAAACUAUGCCAAAUGAAGAAUAUUUGAGUGUUGGAGCAUAUUAUUCAGUUACGGUGACGAUGAAGGGGUUUGAUUUUUAUUUACCGAGAAUUUUGACUAUCUUCUCAACAAUUGAUUUAUCAUCUAACAAAUUUAAUGGAGAUAUUCCAAAUGUCAUCGGAAGGCUUAAUUCUCUCAUAGUGCUUAAUUUAUCUCAUAAUAGCCUUACAGGCCUUAUUCCAUCAUCUUUAGGAGACUUGACAGAGCUUGAAUCACUAGACCUCUCUUCAAACCAGCUUAAUGGGAAAAUUCCUAACCAUUUAUUGAGUUUGACAUUUCUUGAGGUCUUUAACCUUUCAUGUAACCGUCUCGAUGGACCCAUACCUCGAGGCAAACAAUUUGAUACAUUUGGAAAUGAUUCAUAUGUUGGGAACUUGGGAUUAUGCGGGUUUCCAUUGUCGAAGGAAUGUGAAGAUAAUCAAUCACCAGUUCAGCCAGGGGUGCUAUUACAACAGGAAGAUUACUCAAAUUUUGUAAGUGGAUUGACUUGGGAAGCCGUGGUGAUGGGGUAUGCGUGUGGAAUGCCAUUGGGAUUGGUUAUUGGUUUUCUCAUGUUCUUCACUGGAAAACCAAAAUUGUUUGUAAGAAUUGUUGAAGGGAAAAAGCAUAAAAAGGUGAACAUGUUGAGACAAGGUGGCAGAAGAAAUUAG